AAUGUUAGUGUUUUUUGAUUUCAGGAAAGAUGCCCGGUGAUGAAUGUAAGCUUGGUCAGUUGAAACUGAAAUCUAAUUUCAAAUUGAUGAUGAUGGGAUCUCUAGAGGAAGACAUAGUUGAAGCGAAUACUGCACCCACUAAUUUGCCAGAUGUUGUAAAUGAUCUUGAUAUCGAAGAUGAGGAAGUGGCUAUAGAAAAUCAAGAAGUUUAUUUAGCUAAAGUGGAAAAUCGAGUUAAUCAUCACAAGAUAAAUAUGUUGAAUGAUCUCCGUCCAGAUAAAAAACUAUUAGUAUUGGAUAUUGACUAUACAUUAUUCGACCACAGAUCCACUGCUCAAACAGGAGCUGAAUUGAUGAGGCCAUAUUUACAUGAGUUCCUUACUAAAGCUUAUGAGGAUUAUGAUAUAGUCAUAUGGUCAGCUACAGGAAUGAAAUGGAUUGAGGAGAAAAUGAAAUUACUAGGGGUUUCCUCAAAUCCAAACUAUAAAAUAGCCUUUUAUUUAGAUUGUGUCGCAAUGAUUUCUGUGCACACUCCAAAAUAUGGAGUGAUAGAAGUUAAACCCCUUGGUGUCAUUUGGGGAAAGUUCAAACAGUUUUCUUCAAAAAAUACCAUCAUGUUUGAUGACAUUCGAAGAAAUUUCAUUAUGAAUCCAAAAAACGGUUUACGAAUUAAACCAUUCCGGGAGGCCCAUUUGAAUCGUGAGAAUGAUAAACAACUUCUACUUCUUUCCCGUUACUUAAAAGACCUUGCAGAGAACUGUGAUGACUUUGCUAGUGUUAAUCAUCGGCAUUGGGAAAAAUAUAAGCCAAAAAAAAGAAGGGGAAUGUGAUAGGUCAGUUGCAGUGCAGAAGUAUCAGUGAAAGUAUUCAGUGAAAAUGUUUGAAGAUGGCUUUGUCAAGUAAUACAUCAAGUAUUGAAGUUUCAAGUAAUAAGAAAAAUUGAUCAUUCAAUUCCUUCAACUUACAAUCUUAGGAUUUGAUUUUUAACUGCAAGUCAAAUUGUAGUUUCAAUUACUGGCCAAGAGUUUCAUUCAUUGAUAUGUUAAUUUUUUUACAAAAGCUUGUGCCAUUUUAGUACAGAUUGAUUUUUGGGAAAGAAAUAUAUUGGCUUUCAUUUCAUUUUCUUUAGAUAGAAAAUGUGGGAGACUUCCAAAGGAAAAAAGCAAAUAAUUUCAGAAUGAACUCUUAUUCUGAAUCGAAUUCCAAAAACUUCUGGCAUCCCUCCAUACAUUAUACUCAAUAAUACCUUAGCAUAUGCUAUUCUAAUGCAAGGUUUAAUAUAUUUUAAACACAAGAAAUGUUGAUAAUACAGAUAGAGUUUUUUUUUUGGAUUAAUUGCCUUCUUCCCUUUGGAACUUUCCCACAUUUUUUUGUAUAAAGAUGGAGAAGUUGAAAACUAAAAGUUUUCUGUCCUAAUUAAUUGUGAUUUUCAGAUCUUUUAGGAAGCCUGUUCAUUUUGUAGAAAAUAUUCAUUACACCCCGUCCACUGAUUAAAAAAAUUAUUUCUUG